AAACAAAAACGGCAACGGUAGGGUGAAGGACUUCGUUUAUCUGUCGGUGGAUCGUGUCAGACGCGAAUGGUGGUAAAAGGGGGUUUUACGGGUGGGGUAGCACAGCAGACAAUAAGUUGACGAGAUGCAAGAAAACGCAGAAAUUGUUUGGAUUUCUGCCGAAAGCCUUAUCUUAAGCUUUUGCGUAGCAACUGAAAUUAGCGCGUUAAUCAAAAGUAAAUAUAAAGUAAAUUUCAAAAAACAACGGAGUGUCAGUAGUGGUUUGUGGGCACGGGAAGUAAUUUUCGUUGGUGGUAUAAUGUCCGUAAAUGGAUGUCAGGAAAAAACCCCAUAUUACGCGAUCCACAGUCUACCGACAGAUUAGUGGGGCCCUUCAUCCUACAGUUCUCAACAAAGCUUGUCAGGCCCCUUUUACAUCUUAUCUGAUUAUUCCCUGUACGUUGAUUUUGCGUCUAUGAUUUUAUCUGUCAGUUCGGUGGACUUUGGAAUAGUCACUAACUAGCCUGUGAACGAGCUCAGCACGAUCUCGGAUCGGAUGGGUCCAGGCAAAGCAUUGCCACCAGAAACAAUGUUCGUUGUGUUAGAUACGGGAAAAACUGGGACUAAGAUAUCAGGAGCAAGACUUAGAAUUUUGACUGGCAGAGAAUGCAACCAAAAUGAUUUCGGCACUCUCGAGGAAAAGAUUUCUGUGUCCUCAGGAUACUGAGCCAAUUUGUUGUCAAUGUGCGGCUGCUCUGGACGACUGUAAGGUACGAUCACCAGCGUCAGUAGUGGUAGCACAGGUGCAAGCACCAUUAUCUCCAAAGUGACGACCAGAAGUGUCGUUAGAAUUGUAGCUGGAACGUACUGGAACUUCACAGUCUACGUCUACUGUUUGAUCCCAGUGAUCCGUGCCUCCACGAUGAAGUCUGGUGUGUGUGUGUGUAUGUGUGUGUAUGUGUGCGUGUGUGUGCGGUUACGAAGCAGGUCGUGUGUGGCACGACUAGAUAAGUUAUUAAACGACCAGAAAAUGCGCCCACGCCCACCUUUGAUCGUCAUAACUUUGUCUUUUGCCGACUGGAGUAGGAAGAACGAAUGAGGGAGAUAUAACACAGGUCUGUGUCAUUAAAAGCUAGUUCGCAUAGUUUAAGGCUACGCCUGCCUUGCAGGACAGGACGAACCUAAUAGCUUGCCGCGGUUAAAGCAUUUUGUGUGGGGGACAGAUCAUUCCUAGCAAUACUGCAAAAUUCCUCGCACUUCCCCUUAUCAGCCCAACCCCACCCUCCCCCUACAGCCGCGUCGCAAGUAUUGGAACGCGUUUGUAGCAGGGGCAGUGGAGCCGAAACAGAAGGCGACUGGAAAAUUGUGUUGGAAGGAAAAGAAUCAUAGUGGAGACCCAUCCUCCUCCUCCACCUGCCAAUCAUAGCAUAGGAAACAACGUUUUUUGCACUGUAGUUGUCUAACUAUUUUCUGGAAGGUCCUGGGAAGUUCAGAAGUUCACCUUUUAUUCUUCUUAGUUCCCUCUCUAUUCACUUGGCCGGAAUCAGACGCAAGUGUUAUGCGUCUUUCGAUUGAAUUAGAUGGAAAACAAAUGAGAUUUGUGAUAAUGGAUUCUUUCUUCACAGGGACCAAAAGGAACAAGAAGCCGCGUCCACUGGAAUGGGUUAAUUAGGUAUAGGAUGUUCCAAAGAGGCAGCGCGGCUCUCUAUCAUCCGCGACUGGCAAAUCCACUUUAAGGCUCGCAAUCGGUGGGCUAACUCAUUAAAUGUCAACUGAAAUUCCGAAAUGCGUUUUCGCUUUGAAAAUACUAAUCAAGUGAAGUUGUAAAACUAAUCAUCGUGCAGCACAAUUGCAUAAUAAUUUAGUUACCUCAGGGUGCCGGCAAAUGCGAUACUCUGUAAAAAAUGACUACCUAAGUAGCAUGCAUUUUUAUCCUUGUUUUUCAAUGCUUUUAAACACUCAAUUAUAUUUCGUGGAAAAAUGCAUAUAAAUAUUCAUCCUUUUGCUAAUUCGGUAGAGAAUUACGUCUUUUUUCCAAUUUUAUACUAAAAGGAAGGGUAUAAUUUGGUUUUAAAAAGUUUCUAAUUGUGAGAUCUUUAAUACCACGAAAUGGUCGUUCAUAAAACGUCAUGACUCUGCACUUACCUAUAUGGCUCAAACCCACAGCUAAACUUUAUGGAACCCAUAUAGUCUCCUCUUAUUACCGUAGAAAAAUCUGUGGUUUUCCGUACGCAGAAAAUAUACGGUUUGUAGUUUGGAAACCCUAAAUGCAAGUGUAACGGAAGGUCUUGGUUCAAAAUUAUUUUGGAAUGUUGAAAGUCUUUGAAAAUCUAAUUGUACCUUUCCUUGGGGUAUAAAAUCAUAAGAGGACGGCAUUUUCUACCGAAUGAGCAAAAUAGUGCUUAUUUUUAUGCAUGCUUUCCAUGAAAUAUAAUUGAUUUUUUAAAGGCAUUGAAAAGCAACGAGAAAUACAUGCUACUUAAGCAGUCAUUUUUUACAGAGCAUCGUAUUUGCAUGCAGCCGGAAAGAAAUUCGUUCGAAAGCCGGCACCCUGAAGUAACUGAAUUAUCAUAGAAUUGUGCUGCAAGAUGAUUAGUCUUACAAAUUCACUUGUUUAAUCUUUUCGGUUAGAUCGCAGUUGGUAGCCAGGAAUGGGAAGCGGACGGCGACCUAACCCUAAUCCUAACCUUAACCCUAGACCUGACGCCAACAUUAAACGUUAACUGUUAACCCUAACGGCAACCCUAACCCUAACCGAGAUGGUAAGCGUAACUGUAACCCUUAGGCAUAGGCGUAAUUGAAAAACCUAACCGUAAUACUGAAACAUAAUCGUACGCUCAAACCCUAACCGUAACCCGAAAACCUAAGCCUAAAUGCAUAACCCUAACCCGAAAGUCGGAAACUAUUAACCGGUACCCUAAUCCUAACCUCAACCCUAAAACGGAAGCCAAAUGGGUCACAUGUGAUUAUGGAGCCCCACAAAAUAGCCCCAGUAAACAGACCUCCAGCCACCUGUAAUACGGGGCUGGGCUACCAACUGCGACCUAGCCAUCUUUUCAAAACGAAAACGCAUUUCAGAAUUUUGGUUGACAUUUCAUGAGUUAGCCCACCUACUUUAGUCCAACCGGAUAUAACGACUUUUGAAUAAUAGGAGUGCAUCUGACCUAAGCUGUGACAUCACUUUCCUUUGCGAGUUAAGCAUAUGCUACUAUCUCAGGAGGAAGAGAAGAAGAAAAAGAAGAAGAAGAAGAAGGAGAAGAAGAAAGAGGAGGAGGAGGAGGAGGAGGAGGAGGACAUAGCAAAUGCUGUACCUAACAUCACUGUGCACACGGGACAAAAUAACUGCCUCUAG